CAUGGCCGCAGAUGUACUCAGGGAGCUCUAAACAACUGGUGGAGUUGGACUUCUCAGUAGCGGGUCUCUCGUUCCCGACUACCCUAUGCGGCUAUCUACAGAUCUUUAUCAUGGUCGGCAUGAUCGCGCCAGACGAGAUUCACGAAGAGAGAUGGGUGUGAUAUAAAGUGUUCUGGGACGCCACUACAUCAGGUCUAUUGAUUAAACAUUAAUCGACCAACAACCUACACGGUUCAUUUCAAAACGCGCAAAUCUUCGAAGCCACAAUGGACAACACCCUGCAUUACUUCAGCGACACUACCAACGGUACCACAGGGUUCACCAAAAGUUCAGGAAACACACUGCCGGCAUCAUGGUAUUCGUCACAGGAAAUGUACGAAUUUGAACGCCGUGCAAUCUUCUCCAAGAGGUGGCUGUUCAUCUCGCACAAGUCGCGUCUCAGUCAGACUGGAGAUUGGAUUCGUUAUAGCUUUGCAAGUUACGACAUCAUUAUCACACGCGAUAGGACGGGAGCCAUCAACUCGUUCCAUAAUGUGUGCAGACAUCGCGCGUAUCCAGUCAUUGAGAAGGAAGGCGCUGGUAACAACAAGAUACUUGCGUGCAGAUACCACGGAUGGUCUUAUGGACUCAACGGCAAGCUUGCAAAGGCUCCCGGUUAUCAAGAGCUGAAUCUCGACAAAGAUCAGAAUAGUCUUUUCCGCUGUCACACCAAAAUUGACAGAAACGGCUUCAUUUGGAUCAACUUGGACGCUAAACAGACUCCUGAGAUCUCGUUCGAAGACCACUUUGACAACGUUGAUGUCCAAAAUGAAACAUCGCAUAUCGACUUUGACGACUAUUCAUUCGGCUGCGAACUGAAGGGGGACCUCGAGCUCAACUGGAAGCAUGGAUCGGUCGGAUCGUCAUUGGAGCAGAUUAGGCAGGACUUCAACACCACAAGUACCUGCUACUUCCCAAAUGCCUUGUCCACGAUAUCCGCCAAGUUCAUGGUGAUUAAAAAGGAUCUACCCCAAGGCCCAAACAAGACCAUUAAACAGACUGAGAUAUAUCGUCACAAAGACUGCUCAGACAUCGAGUGGAAUGAUGUUAGUAGUGCUUACUCGCUGGCAUUGAAUACAGAGAAAACGGACAGAACUAUACCUGUGUUCUUCGAGAAUACCAUUCGAGAUGCUGUUACAGAGCACUACAAGCAGGAAAAGACAACGGGUCACGAAAUCUGGCCUUCCAAGCCCGUACAGACAGGAAACGCUGCUGAUCAAGUGGAUGAGGAUGAAGAUAUAUGUGCUGGUCUGGCGUGCGGUCCACAGAAAGAGAUCCUGGCGUGGUGAAUGAGUGAAUGCAAGUUUCAUUUGGGGACUUUGAACGACUUAGCGAUUGUGUAGCAAUUCGUAGAUGCUACUGCUCAUAUGAUCAAAUUACUCUGAAAACCUAAAGAUUUCUUUUACGGCUACAGAUUUGGUGAAAGCUACUGUAUUUUCGGCUAUACCAGUGAUUCUGGGACUUUCGUGGGAGAGUUUGCCGUUUUUGUCAGCCACUGCAGAGACCCAGAUACUUCCAUUGUCUUCUCUCACAGCCUCAUGCGACUGAUUAUCAACGAUUAACUACUCUGGAGUGUUCG